GCCCUGGAAAAAAACUGAUGUGGGGAACGUUGUUGCUAACAUGGAGGAGGGGAGAGCAAUGGGCGGGGCUACAGUAAACUCUGCUGCUUGGGUUCUCUCAUGAAAUUUUCACAUCAUUGCAACCCACAAGGCUUACUUAUUUCCAUUUGCCUCUUCUCAGUUACCUCGUGCAGUGAAAAACAAUCAUCGGGGCCGUUCUGUCUCGCCUUACCGGCCUGUCAGUUCCUCUGUCAAACUUGGGAGAGUGGCUCCUUCUGCGUCCGGUCACUACUGGGAGACACUUCAUGGUUGUUGUACGCCUUCAAAAUGAACGGCUCGGAUGAAAUUCAUCAGUUUGGCUUCAUUGUGGACACGAUCCAGAAGAGUCAGGGUGCAAUUAAGAAUAUUGAGAGGGAACUGGUAUGCCCUUCCUGCAAGGAACUAUAUACCCAUCCACUGAUCUUGCCCUGCCAGCAUAACAUAUGCCACAAGUGUCUCAAGGAGCUUCUUUAUUUGACUCUUGAAGACUACACUGAUGUCAGCUCAGAGGCUUCGACACCUGGAAGCCCACGAAUUCGGUUGACCUCCACAAGCGUGGAAAGAAUCGAUAGGCUUGUCAGAUCAGCCUCCCAGCGGAAUUCUCUUGGGCGAAAAGGUAGAGGCUCCAAGCGUAAUUCAUUGACUCCUAAGAUCACAACCAUAGCAUGCCCAGGAUGUUUGCACGAUGUAGAUCUUGGAGAACGUGGGAUCAAUGGCCUUUUUCGUAACGUUACUUUGGAAACUAUUGUGGAACGUUACAGACAAGCAGCCCGAGCAGCUACUGCCAUCAUGUGUGACUAUUGCAAACCUCCAGCUCAGGAAUCUACCAAAACAUGCAUGGAUUGCAGUGCUAGCUUCUGCAAUGAGUGCUUUAAAAUCAACCAUCCAUGGGGCACCAUCAAAGCUCAGCAUGAAUAUGUUGGACCAUCAAAUCAAUUUAGGCCAAAGGUCCUAAUGUGCCCAGAACACGAAAUGGAGAAAGUAAACAUGUACUGUGAAAUCUGUCGGAGGCCUGUUUGCCACUUGUGUAAACUGGGAGGAGCACACGCAAACCACAAAGUCACUACAAUGAGCACUGCUUAUAAAACACUGAAGGAGAAACUUACAAAAGGCAUCAGUUAUCUUAUUAGCAAGGAAAGCCAAGUAAAGGAUCAAAUAUCUGAACUGGAGACACUGAUAGAACAAACAGAGAGUAAUGGAGAAAGAGCAAAAGAGGAUGCAACCUGCAACUUUGAGAAGCUGUAUAAUGUCCUAGAAGAACGGAAAACUUUUGUUGUGAGGUCUAUAGAAAACUCAAAGGCAUUGCGCUUAGAAAAACUCAAAAACCAGGUGGAGGAGUACCAGGGACUCCUAGAAAAUAAUGGGCUUGUUGGUUAUGCUCAGGAAGUGUUAAAGGAAACGGAUCAUUCUUGCUUUGUUCAGAUUGCUAAACAAUUGCAAACAAGAAUUCAGAAAGCAUCAGAGUCUCUGAAAUCUUUCCAACCUGCAGCACAGCCAGGGUUUGAAGAGUAUUUUAUUGAUAUGGCUAAGGAAGAAGAUCUAUUAGGUGAAAUAGCCUUUUCCAAAGCUCUAGCUAUGCCAGAAAUCAACAUGGAACAGAGCAAGAUCUAUAACAAAGCCAGGAUUUGUUGGAAUGAGCCCAGCGAUUCCCUUUCCGCAGAUAGCUAUGUGCUUGAGUACCGCAGACUUGAUAAUAAUGAGGAUCUCUUAUGGAAUGAAAUUGAAACAACCAAUACCAGCAAGAUCCUCACAGAUCUUGACUUAAACAGUCAGUACUGCUUCAGAGUGAAAGGUUUCAGAGGUUCUACCAGCACUCCGCUCAGUAAGGAAAUCCUCCUGCACACGCCGCCAGCCCCAGUUUUUAACUUUCUGUUUGAUGACAAAUGUGGAUACAACAAAGAGCACCUAAUGCUGAAUGACCAGCUGGAUACUGUGGAGAGCAUGGCAGGGAUUUCUCUAUUGCUUGGAGCAGAACGUGUCCAAGUAGGCUGUUACACGUGCCUUGAUUAUAUCAUUGGUGACACUGGAAUCACAAAGGGAAGACAUUUCUGGUCCUUUUCCGUUGAGUCUCAUUCAUACCUGGUGAAAGUGGGCGUUGCAUCUGAUAUUAAAUUACAGGAAUGGCUUCAUAACCCACGGGACAUAAGCAGUCCAAGGUAUGACCAGGACAGUGGCCAUGACAGCGGCAGUGAAGACACUUCCUACGACUCCUCACAACCAUUUACUUUGGCAACUAUUGGAAUGAAGAAAUUCUUUAUCCCAAAGUCCUCUCAUGUUGCAGGUGCCACAACAGACAGAGUUCUCCCACUACCAACUCGCAUUGGCAUUUGUCUGGAUUAUGACGAAGGAAAGGUUGGAUACUAUGAUGCAAAUAAUAUGAAGUGCCUUUAUGAGAGAGAUGUAGACUGUAUUGGAACAAUGUACCCAGCUUUUGCUCUGCUAGGGGGUGGAACCAUACAUCUGGAGGAGGUUAUCACUGCAAAUCAUCUGGACUAUUCUAAUGAAAUAUAAAAGGAGAUAUCACCAGUAAAAAAGUUGAGUGAUUUUGAUUCAAUACACUACAACUGAUCUUAGUGCAUCAUUUGCAGUUAAAUUUUAAUUCCAUGGUUGUCUUAAUGCAAGACUAUGUAACAAGCCUUGUUCAGAUCUUAACCACAAUGUUUGUUGAAGUUUUACUUCACAAAGAAUAUGUUUUUUCAACAUUACUCUUAUGAGGCAUUAAAGAAAAAAAUCUGGUCUGUUUCACAGUGAGCCAGUCCCAGUGAUUAGCUUUAGGCUGUAUUAGCCCAGUGUUGUGGCCUAAAUGGCUGCUGUCUUGGUUCUAAAGUGACAUCAACUGUGUGAUGCACUGGGCAAAAGCCCAAGGCCUAAGAGCUACUCUUAACAAAUACUGUAUAAAAUAAUAUUUACUGGCUCCUCACAGAUAUUCAUAUGAAACUGUGAGUAAUUUUGAAUAUCCCAGAGGAGCCGGUGGAUAUUAUUUUAUACAGUGUUUGUUAGAGUAACUCUUACUGGAGGAACUGAGUGAUAGCUACUCUAUAGAAGUGUGGAUGCAUUAGUGCUUUGGCUUAUUCUUUCCCUUUAAACACACACAAAGGGCAGCUUUGGGCUAAUUGUUGGGGCUGUUCCCAAGACAGUAUCCUUUAAAAUCACAUUGAUAUUUUAAUAUCUCCGAAUUUCAAGUUUCAGUUUGACGUUCUUUUAAUGAAGUCUUUUAAUAUGCAAUAUGGGGGCUGUAGUUUACUCCUUAUAUAAUCCAUAAAGCAAAAGGGAUUUGCAUGUUUAAAGAAAGGGAAGACAAAAAGAUGAAUGACUGGGCCUUUUACGUCUUUAUUUAGCUAUGAACUCCAGAAAGAGUUAAAGGAACAGUAACACCAAAAACUGAAAGUGUCUUAAAGGAAUGACAAUACAAUGUUAUGUUGCCCUGCGCUGGUAAAACUGGUGUAUUUGCUUCAGAAACGCUACUAUAGUUUAUAUA